CUUCUUGAGCUAAGCAUAUAUUAAAAGGGGAUGAAUGAUUUAAAAUACAUGUAGUUCAUUAUUAACUUACAAAAAAAAAAUAUAUAUGGCAAAUUUGUUCAUUAAGCAAGCACAACCAUAUUCAAAGGGUAGGCCAAGUUACCCUCAAGAAUUAUUCAAUUUCAUUGCUUCUAAAACACCUUCUCAUGAUCUUGUUUGGGAUGUUGGUACUGGUAGUGGCCAGGCUGCUCAAUCUUUAGCUAAGCUUUACAAGAAUGUGAUAGCUACAGACACAAGUCCAAAACAGCUUGAAUUUGCAGCAAAGGUUCCAAAUGUUCAAUACAUAUGUACCUCUCCUAAGUUGUCAAAAUCCGAAAUCGAAACAAAAAUAGGAUCAGAAUCAAGUGUAGAUUUAGUAACAAUUGCACAAGCAAUGCAUUGGUUUGAUCUACCAACUUUUUAUGAACAUGUUAAAUGGUUACUCAAGAAACCAAAUGGUGUUAUAGCAUCAUGGUGUUACACUACACCUAAAAUAAACAACUCAGUAGAUGCAAUAUUUGAUAAAUUUUACACAAGUGAUGCUGGACCUUAUUGGGAAUCACCAAGAAAAUUGGUUGAUGAAAAGUAUGAAACUAUUGAUUUUCCAUUUGAGGCUAUAGAUGGAUGUGAUCAUAAUGGACCAUUUGAGUUCAAGAUUGAGAAAGUUAUGGACUUGGAUUCUUGUUUUACAUACUUGAAGUCAUGGUCAGCUUAUCAAACUGCAAAAGAAAAGGGUGUUGAGUUGUUAAGUGAAGAUGUUGUUGAAAAAUUUACAAGUGCUUGGAAUGAAGAUGGAAAGAGUGAGAAAAAAGUGAUUUAUCCUAUUUACUUGAGGAUUGGAAAAGUUGGAAAUUUGGAUUGAAAGUGUAAAGCAAAUACAAUUAGUUAUGUGCACUAUUUUGAUCUAUUUAUUUUGUAUGUUAUUUCUCUUAGUUGUUAUUGUUAUGUAUCUUUUAAUAAUAAUAAAGUAUCUUAGUACUAAUUAAUA